GAUCACCUUCAAACUACUCAUUCUCACCUACAAAGCACUCAAUGGACUGGCACCCUUAUACCUUACUGACCUUCUGCACUCCUACAUUCCGACCUGCUUACUGCACUCCUCUAACAAUGGCCUCCUCAUCAUUCCUUGCACCAGGCUCCGCUCCAUAGGAGACGUUGCUUUUAGCAGUGCAGUCCCCCAAAAUAGCACACAAAAACUUAUAAAAACUGGCACGAAUCUCCGGUUUAUUGUACAGAUGCGGUGGUACAAGACAAUGGGCGCUCUUGCUCCAGCGCCACGGGACACAGUUCUACCGUGACAGAGCUAAGGCAAACACACCAUGUUGUUUCACUAUUUGACCAGAUAUUCAACUGACUAACAGGCCAGAUACAGUCGGUUAUAAGCACACAAUAAUGCACGUGACCCAUGACUGUAUCAAUAUUAUAAAGAUAUUAUAGUCCACAUAUAAUAUUAUAUGCCAUUAAGCUGACACAUUUGAGCGACUUAGUCACACGACUUAGUCAUGCGUAGCUUAACCUCUUUCUAAAUAUGUUGGAAAACAAAUUACUUCAUGUAAUGAAGAGUACAUGUGUAAUAAAACAAAUCACUUUUAAAUUAUUCUCUAAUUAAACAUUACGGAAUACCAAGUCAGCUAUUUUAUUGGUGUGACUAACUUGUUAUUGGUGGGUGGGGUUUUCCCCAUACAUUUCCAGUGUUUCCCAGUGGCCAGAAGAUUCCCAAUAUUUGUAAAGGUUGGCUUGCCUUGAGAGGACAAGAGAAGUGAAGGUGACAUACACCAAACUUCCAGUAAUGGCAGCCUGGUAGUUGAAUCGUAAGUAUGGUCAAAGUAUGACCUCCAGCCAGGAUCAGCUCUCCUUCUCCCUGGGCACGCAACCCUAAACCUAUGACCUUUGUAUGUAUUGCUGUUUCUAAUUUAAAGUGUGGUCCUCUGUAGCUCAGCUGGUAGAGCACGGCGCUUGUAACGCCAAGGUAGUGGUUUCGAUCCCCGGGACCACCCAUACACAAAAAAAAUGUAUGCAUGCAUGACUGUAAGUCGCUUUGGAUAAAAGCGUCUGCUAAAUGGCAUAUUAGUAUUAUUAUUAUUAUAAAGUGAAAGCUAAUAAGUAUAUAUUGGUGAUAGGAUCAUUGUAUGAGCGUUAGCGCUGAAGAUUGUGUGAUAUUAUUGCAGAGCGCUCCAAUGGUGAUUAUAGAGAUGUGACUCUCUAAUAAUGGUGCUGAAAGAUAUUGGUGAUUCAGAAAAUAAAUCUGCUGUCUAUUUGAAAUCUAUCUCAGGCAGAUACAACUAAUUGCAUUAGGCUGUAUCAAGGGCUUUGUGAUUCAUUGGCCAGUCAAUUCAGGUGUGAUAGUGCCAGGCUGGAUAAAAAAUGUUUCUUACUGUUCACUUGGAAACAAAUUAGGAAACAUGGCAUCACUUUGUAUUUCCAUAAUAACUGCUAUGUAACUGCUAUGUAAUUACAGUCUGGCAGUAUUGGUUAUUAGAUAACAGCACACAGCACAACUCCAGCCAACAUGUUUCAGAACAAUGUUGAUACUGCAUUUAUUACUGUGUACUAGUUAUAUAGGUUUGAGGGCAGCUUGAUGCAGUGUGACUAGAUACAGUGUCAUUACUACUUACAUGGGCAUCUAUCUCACAACUGCUGAAUGAUUAUGGAUUGAUAAGUGAUUUGUAUUGAACUUUCACUUAUGAUUCAAACCAUGGACCUCAUUCCUGUAAAUCACUCAUUAAUGUGCAAAAACCUUCCUCAACCAUGAAUGCUUAUUGUCAGAUGAAUCCAUAUUCCUCCUUCCCCUGGGCGAGAUCAUGCAACAUCCUAAAGUUCACUUCCACUGCUAUGCACCCAGAUCUACCUCUCCACCAAACCCACCACUCCCCUCCCUCAUCAGCUGCCUUCACGACAUCCAAAGAUAGAUGAGCAUGAACCUCCUCAAACUCAACAGCAACAAGAGAGGUCAUGCUCAUCGGCUCUAAAUCCACUCUCUCCAAGCAUCACCACAGAUGGUUUCCUCAUCCCUCUGUAAACACAAGUCAAAAGCCUCAGUGUCUUCCUGGAUAGUUCCCUCUCUUUCGAACCCCACAUAAAAACCAGCACCCGGACAGCAUUCUUCCACCGCCGCAAUAUCUCCAGGCUCCACCCCUCACUGUCAGCACGAAACCCUAAUCCAUGCCUUGGUUACUUCUUGACAAGACUACUGUAAGAUUCAUCACCAGAUGCCUUGGUUACUUUAUGAUUAGACUACUGUAACACUCUCCACACCAGAUCCCCACCAACCUCAUCAAUAGAUUCCAACUGGUUCCAACUGCUGCCAGAAUCCACACCAGCACCAGAUCAACUGAACACAUCAAACCAAUCCUGGCUCCCUGUGCAAUCCUGUAUUAACUUUCAAAUACUCCUCCUCACCUACAAAGCCCACCACAACCUGGCACCCACCUACCUCUG